CCCCCCUCACUACAGACCUCAUGACUACAGAUCCCAUGACUCCACUGCAGUAAAGCUGUAGGCUAAGGGCUGUAGCAGGCAGCUGCUGAUAUGUUGGUGUGGUCGAAGUAGCCGAAGCUUGUAUAUCUUGCGUACAUCUAACAUAUACUAACUGACUAGCUAGCUAUAUCUUAUCUAUAUUUUGUAAGGGAGCUAUCAAACCAAACUGAGAUCGAAAGUAGCUACAAUUGGUACAUUUUCGGAAUUACCAUUUCCUGUCAUUUUGAUAGGCAUUUCCUGUUGCGAAAUAGCUAGGUAGCGGUUCGUGGCAGUAAGCUAGCUGACGUUGGCUAAUUGGUAGCCUAGCUGGCUAGAUGAUGAAUUGUAGCAUACUUGGAAAUAAUCAUUAUUUGCUGAACGACAUUGAAUAUGGAAGGAUCGUGUAAUAUUGGCACGUUUUACCGGGGAUAUAUUACAACGGACAUAAUUUUUACAGGAUAACCUUAGCUACAUGAAAUGUCAUAACGUUAAGAUAGCCGCGGAGAUGGAGGGACCCACAACCCCCUGAAUAGCUGCACUGAUGGAGAAAUGUCCUCCUCCAAGAUGAGCAAGUCGAAUACUGCACAAGGUUUAGCGGAAUUAUAUUAGCGUCUAUCUUAUCUCUAUAGCUAUAUUAGUCUGUCAAGCAAAUGGGAGACUGGUUAUUCGGGCAUAGCUCAUAAUUGACAGCUAACGUUAGUUGCUGGUGAAGAAAUCACUGCUGUUUUUGGCAUCUGCAAACAACAAGACUGGCUUUGUCAGACAAACCUUAGGCCUUGUCCAGAAAACAAAGUUAAUUUGUAAAACUGACAUCGCUGGAAAUAAGGACAUUUGAGCUUUCUGCAUCGUCAUUUGAGCAUUCUGCGUCGUUUUGAUUGAAGUGAGGAUAAUAUUUCCUCAUCAUCUGACUGAUAGUUAUCAUGAGGAAGUUCUUUGAUUCAUCUCGUCGGGAGUUGGUCAGUUCAGGACCUGGUUCUGGAGGAGGUAGCAGUGGAUCCAGCCAUGUAGGUGGCAAUUUAAUUGGACGUUCAUGUACCAUAGGGCGGCACCAAGUCACUAUUGAAGAAACAGUGGCCGAAGGGGGUUUUGCCAUCGUGUUCCUGGUACGAACCAGCCAAGGACUCCGCUGUGCCCUCAAGAGGAUGUAUGUCAACAAUGAGCACGACCUGCAGGUGUGCAAGCGAGAGAUCCAGAUCAUGAAGGACCUGGUCGGCCAUAAGAACAUCGUUGGCUAUCUGGACUCUAGUAUCACCACUUGUGGAGGAGGAGAUGUGUGGGAAGUGCUCAUCCUCAUGGACUACUGUAAAGGGGGCCAGGUGGUGAACCUGAUGAACCAACGUCUGCAGACAGGCUUCACAGAGGCAGAGGUGCUGCAGAUCUUCUGUGACACAUGUGACGCCGUGUCUCGACUGCACCAGGGCAAGACACCCAUCAUCCACAGGGACCUCAAGGUGGAGAACAUCUUGUUACAUGAUAAAGGCCACUAUGUGCUGUGUGACUUUGGCAGCGCUACCAAUAAGUUCCAGAACCCACAGAUUGAAGGAGUGCCAAUAGUCGAUGAUGAAAUAAAAAAGUACACCACUCUGUCAUAUCGUGCCCCUGAGAUGGUAAACCUCUACAAUAGCAAGAUUAUCACUACUAAAGCUGACAUAUGGGCGAUGGGCUGUUUGCUGUAUAAGCUGUGCUACUUCACUCUACCCUUCGGGGAGAGUCAGGUGGCCAUCUGUGAUGCCAGCUUCACCAUUCCUGACAAUUCCCGCUACUCCUACAACCUGCACUGCCUCAUCCGGUACAUGCUGGAGCCCGACCCUGACAAAAGGCCUGACAUCUACCAGGUGUCCUACUUUGCUUUUAAAUUGGCUCGUCGGGACUGCCCUGUUCAGAAUGUGAAGAACUCUCCAAUUCCUGCUCAACUCCCUGAGCCAAUCAAAGCCAGUGAGGCAGCUGCAGCGAAGAAGAGCCAGAGCCAGACACAGAGUAAGGCCAGGUUGACAGAUCCUGUCCCCACCACUGAGACCUCCAUCACGCCACGGCAGAGGCCCAAAGCUGGCCAUGCCCAGCCCAGCACUGGCAUCCUGCCAAUUCAACCGGCUGCCCUCACCCCUCGCAAACGGGCCAAUCUCCCUGCACUUCCUCUAGGAGUCAACUUAAACCUUGCCCAGCAAGCGGCAGCCCUCCAAUCACAGAAGGCACAGAUCACAGCUCCGCCUCAGCCAGUGACCGGCCGUUCACAGAACCCUCCUAGUCAGGCCACACUUCAGCUGGGUGGAAAGCCCCAAGCUGGUGCUCAGCAGAAGCAGCCAGGGCAACUGCAGCAGCAGCCAAUCGCGGCAGCAGUCACCGCAGCAGGGGGAGGAGUCCCACCUGUGCAGGCCAAGACGGAGGCCCCGAGCGCCCCACUACAGGCCGUGCCUCCCUCGCUGGCCAGUCCCACCCCUCAGAAGGCCCAGGUCCCAUCUAGCCCAGCCCCACCCAAAGCCCCAGCACGUCGUAAGCAGGCAGGCCAGAGCCAGACCCAGCAGCAGCCAACCGCUCAGCCCACUCCAGUCCAACCUCCGGCUGCACAGCAGCCUACAGCUCAGCAGCAACCAGUUCCUCUACAACCUGUUCCUCUACAACCAGUGGCCCAGCAGCCACCUGUCCAGGCCCAGUCCAUCCCUGCUAAAACCAGUCAGAACACAGCUGAGACAGAGACGACUUCUCUUCCUGCUCUGUCCAAGACUCCGCCCCACUCUCCAAAGGCUGCAGAGCACACCCCGAGUGACUUUACCCAGAAUUCGGUCGGUGGGCUACCUGGAAGUGACUCCACCCAGCCACUGCAAGAGGCCACAGCAGAAGAUGGCCUCAACCAGUUAAUAUCUGUUGGUACAAUUCCACCCAAUUCUACCCAGUCCCUUCAGCAGAGUAUGUGUGAACCAGCCCAGGAUGGCAACUUUGCUGCCUUUUCCCCUUCCCCUGCCUCUGCCCCUGGCCCUCCCAUCGGCUCCCUCAGUCAGCCCGCCUGGAACCCUUUUGGUGAUGAUGACUUCUCCAAUCUCAGUGCGGAGCAUCUGAUUAACAAAGACUUGGUUGACGAACAGGCUGAUGACGUGUCUGCAGAGGUGGAGACGGCCCCCAUAGAGGACCUGAUACCUGGCCUGCUGGAGGUCUCCUCCCCUGGGGAAACAGCCCACCAACCUGCUGUAGAGCAAUCUGGAGACCUCCUUGGCCUGGAUACAGGAGAGUCUUUGACUGUUCCGGUCCCGUUCAGCAUCCUAGCACUCUCAGACACUCCAGAGAAGCUUAUUGAGGGACUGAAGUCCCCAGAUACACACCUCCUGCUCCCUGACCUCCUGUCCAUGGCUGAUCCUUUUAGUGGAACUAUGGAGGAGGCUGUCAAUGUAGUGGGUCCAAUAGAGGAGUCUCUGGUGAGUCUGGACUUUCUCAUCCCUGGUCUGGAAGCUCCUGUGUCCCAGUCUGAGACAGACUCUGCACUGCUUCCUGACCCCCUGCUUGGAGAAGACACUCUGCUGGGCUGCUCUCUCAUCUCUCCCCCCUCUGGAGCCUCCUCUCUCUCCUCUGCUCCCGCUUCCACUGGCACUGGGUCUGUUCUGGAUGAGUUUGACCUGGUAUCUGCGAGUUGCACCCAGCUGCUGGCAGACUCCUCUGAUCUCCUGAUCUCAGGCUUUGAGCCUGUGCCGAGUGCAGAUACGGGCAACGAGGAUGAGUUUGACCCCAUCCCUGUCAUGGGCUCCAAAAACUCCUCUCAAGACCUGCAGAUGGAACCUAGCAGCUGUGAGACACUACCAGGUUCCUCCAGGACCGACAGCUCUGGACCAGCUGUUGAAGAGGAGCACAGACAGAGACUUCCCUUUGCCCACAGCAGCAUCAUUCCCCCCUCAUUGUACCCAGAUGAGACAAACUCCCACCCGUUGCUUUCUAAGUCCUCUGACCAGCCAAUCAAGCCUGGCCAGAAACAGUCCCAGUGUCUCUCACCUCCUACACAGCAGCACACAGUCCCCUCCCCUGAUAUCUUCCUGCAGGCCCCUUUCAGGAUUGCAGGGAAAGAAGGGAGAGAUGUGUUUACCAACUCCCCUUUCCCUCUGGCCCACAAGCCUGCUCUGCCAUCUGAUCCUUUCCUCCAGGCCCCCUUUGGGAAGAGGAAUGAGAUAGCUGGGGCUGCUGUCUCUGUCUCCCACCCUCCACAGCCCAACAAACAGCCCCUCUGCCAGGUCCAGCCAAACACCCACCAGUCCCAUGGUCUUUUACAUCCCAGUGUCCAGGGGACGGCCCUGUUCACACCGGUUGCUGCCCCUAGGCCCAUCAUCUGGCAGGCCCAGCCCAGGUACUCCCGGUGCUCAGAGGUCCCCCUGCCCCAGCAGCCUGUCGCAGCCCACCGAGUGGUCUCCAGUGUGGGGCAGCAGGCUGCUGUGGGCUCGGUGGCUGUGGGCCCCCUGCACUCCUGGACCAUUGGAGGCAGAGCUAUAGUGGAUCCAUUCAUCAGGGCCCCCUUCCACCCCAGAUGCCAACAGGGAAAGCCUUGAUAUCUGGACCCCCCCUUCCCUCUCCCCAAAUUCAAUAUCUGGCCCCACACCAAAUGCCAAAGCUGGCCUCCAUCUAGUGCCUACACGUAAGGGGGAGGUUAUCAGUGGAAGUCUGUCCCAGGCCAGCCCUGCUCUUUCCCCCUGUGGAGGGCAUAACCCAGUCCCAGCAGCCCUCUUGUAAGUGUGCAAUCUAGAUUAAUCUGGCUCCCUCUGUUGAGGAUGUAAUAGGUAGACUGACUGUUUUUCUGUGCAAUUGCAGUAUUAAUCAUGACUUGCUCCACCUUGCCCAUAUUCAACUUGUUUUUUUACACGCUCGUUCUACCUCAGCUUUCUGAUUUGCCUUCAGAUGAAACACUGGUAGAUUGCGGCACUUCAUUUGCAUUUCAUGAGGAUUUCCAGGACACAUCAAACUGCUAAAACCUUAUUGAAAAUACAGAUUGUCCAGGAUCGUUUCACUUUAAAAGUGCUAAUGGCAAUCUACCCUUUCUGAAUUUGAGAAAUCUCCCGUGUAAAAGGAAAAGAAGAACAAAGGAUUUUGUCUUAUUUGUUAAAGGUUUGUGUUUGUAUACUUACUGUGUAUAUAUAUAUAUUUUUUUUACAUUGUUUUCAACACCAUGUUAAUAAUAUACUAAUGUUGUGUAAAUCACAUUGGGUUUAUAUGGUUCGACUUGAUAUACUAUGGUAGUUCUAAAUUACAUCAGUUGAGUAUUUGCCUGAUGAGCUGGUGACAUUUGACCUCUGUCAAACGUGUAUAUUCUCCCUCUAUUACUCCAUAAUUUUUAACUGUUGUUUUACGCAGUUUCCUUCUUCACAGGUCAACAGGUCUUUAAAUGUUUUAUAAAAAGACCUGUUGUCAACAGCAAGAGGAAAGGCUUAUCGUGAAGGAUACUUAGCUUUGGUCCAUAACCAUAGCAGGAGUCUCUAUGCUGUAUUUGAAUGUCUUGGUAAGUUACUAUGGAUCAAAAUGCACUCUAACAUACAGUAAUGUUAUAUGGAGGCCAACAGACAGCAGCUUGACACUGAGUAUUCCAAACAUUAGGAACACCUUCCUAAUAUUGAGUUGCACCCCCCCCACCCCCCCUCAGAACAGCCUCAAUUCGCAUUGACUCUACAAGAUGUUGAAAGUGUUCCACAGGGAUGCUGGCCAAUGUUCCGUCUAAGCUGCGCUCGGGCACGCAGCUCCCUGGGACUGCUACAAGAAAUAUCAGAGCGCGCAGAGAAGCACGAGAUUGAACUUCACGCAACUUUCUAGUUUUCCCUGUUAACACAAUCACCGUUUCCCUUUACUGUGGGAAUUGUGAUCAAAUCAACACAAUAUUAGCAACUUUCAAUGCAACAUCUCAAAACAAAACAAAAUAUGCAAGACUUAGUAUGCAAAACUAACUUUACAAGAGAUUUUGUUUGUUGACAGAACGCAUCAGAGCAGGAUUCUAUUACAUUGACAGGCACGACUCGGGCACAUACUCUACAUAGACCAGUGCGGCAUAACCAAUCAAAGCUGCAGUAGGCCUAUAUGCAAAUAGACCAUUGCCAUAUAUGUAUCAGUGCCAAUCCUUUGAACUGGACUGUGUUUACAGCAUCAGCGGUCAUGGGAAGAUGCACUUGUUUUGAUAUCAAAGUGAACACCACACAUUGGCUGCUAUUGUAGGCUGAAUUGUAGGCUAUUUCCAUGUUAAAAUGUUAUGGGAUGCAUUUUCCCCAUUGUUUUUGAUGGUUGGCCACUCUUGUAGGACUACAUUAUGAUCAAAUAGCCACAGUAGCCUACUUGAACACUGUUAAAACUAACUUUUAAAGCGGGGACAGCGUCAGUGUUCACAGAAAACGCCGGAAGUUGCACAGAAUUUGCACAUUGAAGUUUGCGCUCAGCAGAAAUUUGCUCAACGAUUAAACAUUUUUGAGGGAACAUUGAUGCCUGCCCAUGUUUACUCCAAUGCUUCCCACAGUUGUCAAGUUGGCUGGAUGUCCUUUGGGUGGUGGACAAUUCUUGAUACAUAUGGGAAACUGUUGUGUGAAAAGCCCAGCAGCAUUGCAGUUCUUGACACAAACCGGUGCACCUGGACCCUACUAUCAUAUCCCGUUCAAAGGCACUUAAAUAUUUUGUCUUGCCCAUUCACCCUCUGAAUGGCACACAUACACAAUCCAUGUCUCACCUGUCUCAAGGCUUAAAAAUCCUUCUUUCACAUGUCUCCUCCCCACUGAUUGAAGUGGAUGUAAUAUGUGACAUCAAUAAGGGUUCAUAGCUUUCACCUGGAAUCCCCCGGUCAGCCUGUGUCAUGGAAAGAGCAGAUGUUCCUAAUGUUUUGUACGCUCAGUGUAUAUUGUACGCCUAUUUCCCUUUAAUGCAUAAUAAAAUGCAUAAUAACCUACUUACAGCAAUGAUUCUCAAACCUUUUCACCCUACAGACCAUAGGAAAAGUCUCUAUGUACCACCCAAAGGCAAAACAUUUAAUAAUAUGCCACAUAAUAUUGAUGACGUAAAUGAAAGACUUCCUUGUUGUGCCUUACAUUGCACUUCAGAUUAGGAACCUCUGACCUAUCAUUUUCCAUUUUCCACAUUCCAUUAAUACUGUGUGGAUGGCGUAUGUUGCCGUAUUUUUUUCUCUCUCACUUUGUGUGCGUCAUUUGGACGAAUGCUGUACGGAUUUAAUAUGCUCUCGUUAUCUCUCUCACUCUGGAUGUGUGUCUAUUCCUGGUAUUGAUCUAUGAAGUUCCAUUCAUAGGAAGGGGCUGUUGAGGACAGCACAGCAGUCUGAUGCUCUCACCUGUGAUUACUGUUCAACAACACCCUCACUGGUCAAUGCUUUGUUAACAUCCACACUGUGCUGUAAACAGAAUGAAGGAUUUUUCAUGAAAUGAUGUAGUAGGCUGCUUGUUUCUUAUUAUUCAGUCGCUUUACAUGUCUACCAAUCUAAUUAAACAUUCAUGUUAACAAUGUGCUUAUUUACACAUUUGUGAUUACUCACUGUCAAGUGGUAUUCUUACCACUAAUGAGUCAAUUGUUUGGGUCAUUGUUUGGAUCCAGAGUGAUCGGUCAGAAGGGUAUUUUACCAAAUGUAGUCCUUCUCAACCAUGGAAGUGAAGAGUCUUUAUAUCUCUGAUUGCUUCCGAUGUUCUCAGCAUCACCCUCGCCAUGUAGGACAUUGCAACAGAAAUAGCGGUAGUAGAGAGAUCUACCUGUCUGUCACAUAGAAGGAGUUGAUCUAAGGGCAGGCCAGAGGCUCAAUGCUCCUUUGGGUGUGUGAGUCUAGUGCCUAACCUUCUCUGCCAGGGCUCUAUGGCAUCAUAGUUGGCCUUUGCUUUUACUGCCUCCAGCCCCUCUGCCACCUAGUUUAGCUCGUUGCCGUUGGCGCUGUGAUUUGCCACAGGCAUGCCUAUAUGAGGUCACUCCCGACAGGAUUGUGUCUCUGUGUCCUUCUAUAAUAGCUCAUUUAACCCAUUUUAAGCCCAUCAGUCACAAUAUCGGGGGGGGUAAAUGUUGUACUUUACAGGCUCUAGAGAAGUUAAAGUUGUACUUAUCAAAAAUAAGUAUUAUAUUAUGAAUGUGUCUAGUGUGAUUCAGAGAUGUUUCAUACGAUUUUUCAAAAUGGUCACAAGACCACAAGCAUUCAUCUACAAGGUGUACUUUUACAGAAACAUUUGGUACUCGAAGUCUGUAUUCAACUGUUUAAAAAAUCAAAUACAUUGUUGAAAUGUUCAAAUAUUGUCCUUGUACCUGUCAUUUUUAAAGGGUCUAGUUUACAUAUGUGCCUUCAUUUUUGAUACAUUGCACCCCUGAUGCUCGUGGUAUAUGAAAAUAUCUUAUUGGUCACAUGUGUGACCAAUGGGAAAAUAUAGUGGCUCUAAAUUCAUAGCAGAUUAUUUAUUUUUCAAUAGAUUGAAGUUGAGUUAGAUAAUGGAUAUACAUGUUCAAGAUGAUCUUGUAGAUGAUUUUACCAUUAUCCAUUAGCCAAACACAUAUUUAAAUCAAUGAUUUUAAUUGUAAAUGUCAUAUUGUGUUAUUUCAGGGAGAAUUGGCCAUGUGUAGACCCAUACACUCAAUUAGUGUAAUAUAACUGAAAUAUAUAAUGUAAAUAGGUGUGUUUAGUAUCUCUUUCACAAGGAUAGACCUGGUUUAUCAGAGUACUGGGACAUAGCCACAGGUGUAGACCUGGUUUUUAUGGGUAUUUGGGCUGAGAUAUGGAGGUGUAGAUCUGGUUUAAAUUAGUAUUGGGACUCAAUCAAAGGUGUAAACCUGGUUUGUACUUGAGCUGAGGUGCAGGGGUAGACCUGGUUUACAGUUUGAGUAUUCCGGCUCAGGCCAGGCUAAGUUGACUAAUUGGAUUCAAGCACAGGUGCGGACUUUAGGUACCGUGUGUAAUUUGGCCCUGAAGUACAGGUAUAGACCUGUGUAUAAAUUGGGACUGUUAUGUGGAAUUACAUUUUUAUGACAAUUGGGGCUCACAUGUAACAGUAGACCAGUUGUACAGAUGAAGUCGGAAGUUUACAUACACCUUAGCCAAAUUACAUUUAAACUCAGUUUUUCACAAUUCCUGAUAUUAAAUCUAGUAGAAAUUCAGUGUCUUAGGUCAGUUAGGAUCACCACUUUAUUUUAAGAAUGUGAAAUAAUAGUAGAGAGAAUUAUUUAUUCCAGCAUUUAUUUCUUUCAUCACAUUCCCUGUGGGUCAGAAGUUUACAUAAACUCAAUUAGUAUUUGGUAGCAUUGCCUUUUAAAUUGUUUAACUUCGGUCAAAUGUUUCUGGUAGCCUUCCACAAGCUUCCCACAAUAAGUUGGGUGAAUUUUGUCUCAUUCCUCCUGACAGAGCUGGUGUAACUGAGUCAGGUUUGUUGGCCUCCUUCCUUGCACACACUUUUUUAGUUCUGCCCACAAAUUUUCUAUAGGAUUGAGGUCACGUCUUUGUGAUGGCCACUCCAAUACCUUGACUAUGUUGUCCUUAAGCCAUUUUGCUACAACUUUGGAAGUAUGCUUGGGAUCAUUGUCCAUUUAAAGACCCAUUUGCAACCAAGCUAUAAAUUCCUGACUGAUGUCUGGAGAUGUUGCUUCAAUAUAUCCACAUAAUUUUCCUCCUCAUGAUACCACCUAUUUUGUGAAGUGCACCAGUCUCUCCUGCAGCAAAGCACCCCCACAACAUGUUGCUGCCACCCUCGUGCUUCACGUUUGGGAUGGUGUUCUUCGGCUUGCAAGCCUCCCCCUUUUUCCUCCAAACAUAACAAUGGUCAUUAUGGCCAAAUGGUUCUAUUUUUGUUUCAUCAGACCAGAGGACAUUUCUCCACAAAGUACGAUCUUUGUCCCCAUGUGCAGUUGCAAACCGUAGUCUGGCUUUUUUAUGGCGGUUUUGGAAAAGUGGCUUCUUCCUUGCUGAGCGGCCUUUCAGGUUAUGUCGAUAUAGGACUCGUUUUACUGUGGAUAUAGAUACUUUUGUACCUGUUUCCUCCAGCAUCUUCACAAGGUCCUUUGCUGUUGUUCUGGGAUUGAUUUGCACUUUUUGCACCAAAGUACGUUCAUCUCUAGGAGACAGAACGCGUUUCCUUCCUGAGCGGUAUGAAGGCUGUGUGGUCCCAUGGUGUUUAUACUUGCGUACUAUUUUUGUACAGAUGAACGUGGUACCGUCAGUCGUUUGGAAAUUGCCCCCAAGGAUGAACCAGACUUGUGGAGGUCUACAAUUUUGUUUCUGAGGUCCUGGCGGAUAUAUUUGGAUUUUCCCAUAAUGUCAAGCAAUGUCAAGCAAAGAGGCACUGAGUUUGAAGGUAGGCCUUGAAAUACAUCCACAGGUACACCUCCAAUUGACUCAAAUGAUGUCAAUUAGCCUAUCAGAAGCUUCUAAAGCCAUGACGUCAUUUUCUGGAAUUUUCCAAGCUGUUUAAAGGCACAGUCAACUUAGUGUAGGUAAACUUCUGACCCACUGGAAUUGCGUUACAGUGAAAGAUUACUUCACUUAUGUCUGUUAACAAUUGUUGGAAAAAUUACUUGUGUUAUGCACAAAGUAGAUGUCCUAACCGAUUUGCCAAAUGACGAAGUGUAUGUCAACCUCCGACCUCAACUGUAUGUACAGUAUAUAUAUAUAUAUAUUACACACACAUUUUAUGUCCAUUAAAAUAACAUAAAAUUGAUCAGAAAUACAGUGUUGACAUUGUUAAUGUUGUAAAUGACUAUUGUAGCUGGAAAUGGCUGAUUUUUAAUGGAAUAUCUACAUAGGCGUACAGAGGCCCAUUAUCAGGAACCAUCACGCCUGUGUUCCAAUGGCACAUUGCGUUAGCUAAUCCAAGUUUAUUAUUUUAAAAGGCUAAUUGAGCAUUAGAAAACCCUUUUGCAAUUAUGUUAGCACAGAUAAACUGUUGUACUGAUUUAACAAAGCAAUAAAAUGUGCCUUCUUUAGA